AUGUUGUUAGGCUACAUGCCAGCCAAGCAUUUACUAGAAAAGUACGACCUGCUCCAAUUCUGGGAACUUGUGUCUGCAGUCAAGAAAGGUGACUUACGUGGGAUUGACAGAGUCAUGGAAGAACACGAGAGCUUCUUUAUAAGAGCUGGUAUUUACUUAAUUGUGGAAAAAUUAAAGAUAACAGCAUACAGAAAUCUGUUUAGGAAAGUGUAUCUGGCUGAAAAUACGCAUCAAAUCGAUAUAGCAAGUUUCCAAGCUGCUUUAAAGAUUAUGGGUCAAGAUGAUGUGGAUGCUGAUGAGACUCAGUGCAUAGUGGCUAAUCUGAUUUACGAUGGUAAAAUCAAAGGGUACAUUUCAUAUCAACACAAAAAGGUGGUUGUGAGUAAACAGAAUGCAUUUCCACCAUUGUCUAGUUUGUACUAA